AUGAGGCGCGCCAACCUUGGAACCUUGAGAUCAACGACACCUCCUUGUCUCACUCCACACACCAUGUCUCGUCGCGGCGUCGGCCUUGGAGCCUUCUCCAAUCGCAACCAAACAACCCAAUCAUGGGCAACCCAUGGCGCUAAUCUACGUUCGACACAUACGGCCUCUCUGCAGACACAGUUGUCAGUGUUCCAGUCACUCCUGCAUACGUUCGCGCUAGAGCAUAGCUCUGAGAUCAAGUCGAAUCCCACUUUCCGUGCAGAGUUUGCGCGCAUGUGCAACACUAUUGGAGUCGAUCCUCUAGCCGCAAGCAAUGUCAAAGGCAAGAAUGGCCGUCGCGGACUGGGAGAAGGAGGUAGCUUCUGGACCCAAAUCCUGGGCGGAGACAUGAAUGACUUCUAUUUCGAAGUCGCGGUUCGUGUGGUAGAGUUAUGCAGAGAGACAAGAAGUGAGAAUGGAGGUCUGAUCGGCGUUGGGGAGUGUCGCAAACGGGUGGGCAAGGGCAAGGCGAUUGGCAGCGGGCUUGAGGUUUCAGAUGACGAUAUCUUGCGCGCAGUUCGAUCUCUGGAGCCUCUUGGUUCUGGCUUCUCCAUUGUCACGGUCGGUAGUAAGCAGUAUAUUCGGUCGAUCCCGAAAGAACUCAACACCGACCAGGCGACCGUUUUGGAAACUAUCCAAGUGCUGGGCUACAUCAGCGUCUCUAUGCUGCGACUCAAUCUCAAAUGGGAGAAGGCUCGAGCGCAGACGGUCAUCGACGAUCUACUUGCCGAUGGCUUAGUCUGGGUAGAUGAUCAGGGCCCCGAGAAAGAAUAUUGGUCACCCCAGAACCUAUUAGAGGACACCGGAUGA